UGCGACGUCCCCGCAAUACUGCAACACCGCUAGGCGUUAGCAUCUUGAAUGAUUCUCAAAGGUUCUUUCCUUCUUGCCUCCCUUCCGGAUACUAUGGAUCACAUCGUCGAUAAUCUAAGCACCCGCAACUUGACUCGUUUCGUCGACCUGGAACCCGGACUUAGGAGAAAAGCAUGGCAUUGACCUGGAUACCGCGUACAACUGGGUAUGGCGCGACCUUAUCACUCUCUUUUGCCGCAACAUGCUCUAUAGACGUCGGUUUGCCGCGAAUGACGAUUCAACUACUACCUAGGUGUAUAGAUACAAGCACCGUCGCGUCCGAUAAUCUGCAUGCACCAAACAUGACGUAUGCGGGGAAGCUUUCUCGCUGUCGGCCAGCACCAAUCAGGACGUGGAGCUAUGGUGUGAUAUUCAACACUUAUAACAACGCCUCUGCAUAACAAACAUCGUCCGAUCCUGAGUCUUCGAUACAACGCAAUCUCGCUCUGCCACCAUCCUUCCUGCUUUGCUCACCAAACCUA